CUGUUUUCCUGACUCUAUCCCUCUGAAAUUUCAAAUUUAUUCUGAACAUGCAUAUGAUGUAUUAUUGAUGAUUAUGCUGAAUUUUGAGAUAUUAAUGUUUUGAAUUUUUAUUUCAAUUCAUUCUAUUCAUAUUGAAUUAAUUCUACUGAAGAUUGAGUUAUAAAUUCAAUUGUUUAAUUUAUUAAUUUGACUGAGAUUGAUGUUUAGAUCCAACCUGUUGUAUUUGUUUUGGUGAAUUAAUUUUUUGCUGCUGUUGAUUCAAUAUAAAAAUAUUGUCACAAUUCUGGAUUGAAUUUACUAUAUGGCUUCAUAUGAUUUGGUUGAAUUAUGCUUAUGGUUCUGGAUACAUGUUUUGGAUGUUUUGGUGAGUGACUUGAUUGAAUUGACUUAGAAGAAAUUCACAUACUGGGGAGUUGGAGUUUUUUUAAUAAUUUUAUGAAUUCUUGGUGAUAUUGAAACUGCAGUACUAUGACAUUAGAAAGAAAUGCGAGGGAAAUCUGUGUUAUGACUUCUCCAAUGUAGAGACAUUCUUAAACGAGAAGACAGUUAGGGAUGCUUUAGGUGUUGGGAACUUGGACUUUGUUUCGUGUAGUAGCACAGUCUAUGAUGCUAUGAUGCAGGAUUGGAUGCAUGAGAAACCUCGAAGUUGGAAUCCCGGCUCUUCUUGAGGAUGGAAUCCAUGGUUCUUGUAUAUGCUGGAGAAGAAGAUCUCAUAUGCAAUUGGCUUGGAUACAUCAUCAACUGUUAACUAUGACAAAAUCUUGGCUAAUGCGGUUACCAAGACUAACAUACUUCUUGUUGAAGGGUAUCUAUUUGAACUACCCGAUACUAUUAGAGCAAUAACAGAAGCAUGUCAGAAAUCUCGCAGUAAUGGUGCCUUAGUUGCAAUAACAGCCUCAGAUGUCUCCUGCAUUGAGAGACAUUAUGAUGAUUUUUGGGAAAUUAUUGGGAAUCAUGCGGAUUUAAUCUUCGCAAACAGUGAUGAGGCCAGAGCGCUCUGCAAUUUUGACGCAAAGGAAAGCUCUGCUUUGGUUACAAGGUAUCUGGGCCAUUUUGUUCCGCUAGUAUCGGUAACUGACGGUCAUAGAGGCUCCUACAUCAGUCUAAAGGGUGAAGCCGUAUACAUUCCCCCGUUUCCAUGUGUUCCGGUAGAUACUUGUGGUGCCCGAGAUGCAUAUGCAUGCGGCAUACUUUAUGGUGUUCUAAGAGGCAUAUCUGAUUUGAAAAGCAUAGGUUCAAUAGCAACUAAGGUUGCAGCCACUGUUGUAGGUCAACAAGGAACAAGGCUUAGAGUCUCAGAUGCAGUGAAAUUGGCUGAAUCUUUCACAUUUCAUAGAUCUACUAUUGGAUCAGAUAUUGGCACUGAUCACAUUUCUAGUGUCUAAUCAGAUUGCACUUUGCAUUUGAUUAUGAUGAAGAAGAAGAAAAAAAAUAUUCUUUGAUUUAGAUAUAUGUAAUUUCCUUUUGUUUAGCAUAUUUCAAAGUUAUGUACAUACUCUAGUUGUAAAAAUAGGCAUGCUUUCAAUGGAAUUACUUAGGCUUCAAUUAAGUCUUCCAUUCUCAGCAUAGUCAUUUCUGGUUCAUGUAAAUAUGUUUUUCUUUACUUUCAUAAUAUGAAAUUUGGAAAAUUACAAAAAGAAGAUUCAAUCUAUAUGGCAUCCAAUGUAAGAACUAUAUAUUUUAUGAUUCUGGCUCAAAAUGAGAUCAGAAUAUUUUAACAGUUAUGAAUUA